AUGAUCGCUUCCAAGUUGCUUCUUCUUGGGCAUCUCGGUGCUCUAGUUUGCUCCUCUGCCUACUCUAGGGUGCUUUUGGGCGAGAAGGGGUCCUUUGAGGAGGAGAAAAACUUCUUCCCCCGUCCUGGAUACGGUGGCGGCCUGGGUGGUGGAGGUGGCAGAGAUGGUGCUGGUGCUGGCGGGGGAGCUGAUGCUGGUGGUGGACUUGGAGAUGGUGGCGGUCUAGGGGGAGGUGAUGGCGGAGGUUAUGGAGGCGGUGGCAGUCCAGGGGGAGGUUUCGGCGGAGGUUAUGGAGGUGGCGGCAGUGGAGAACUGGAGGAGACGGCGGUGGCAUGCUUGGUGGCAGAGAUGGAGCGGGAGGAGGGUUUGGUGGAGGGGCUGGUGCUGGUGCUGGUGGAGGGUACGGUGGUGGUGGUGGAUACCCUUGAAGAGUGA